UCCUUUCUCUUUAUUUAUCCUCUUUUUUAACUCCUCAUGUCCAUUGCACAAAUAAAGGUCUCUUUAAUCCAAACUGAGGGUCAAUGAAAAGGCUCCAUGAACGACAUCCCGUUUUUAAUGUUUGUCUAAUCAUUUUUACAAUUGAUAAUACAAGCAAGGAUCACCGCCAUAUCCGCCGAAAAUGGAUUUGGAACCACAAUCACAGAACCCUGAACCGUCGCAUCGCCGCCGAACAAACUGCACCAACUGCAAUCGACCACUCCCAGUCUGUCUCUGCCACGUGAUCCCCACCUUACCAAUCCCAACUGCGACACAAAUCAUAAUAAUCCAACACCCACAUGAAUCACGCCACAAGCUCAAUACUACACCUCUACUCACAAAAUCCCUCCUCAACGCCACCUCUCUCAUAUCCCGCCGCCUAACCCCUAACCUCCACCCUCUCCUCACCGACCACCAUCCCUCUACGGCCACAUUUUACCUCUUUCCUCCUUCUCAUUCUUCUCCGGCAAUACCUUUAUCGGACCUCAAGAAAUCAGUCAACGAAUUUCGAAACACCAGCAAUGAUCCUGUCGUUUUAAUCGUAUUUGAUGCGACGUGGAAGCAUGCGAAGGAGAUGGUGAGCGCGAGCGAAGGAUUUUUGAGCAAAUGCGCAACGAGAGUGUGUUUGGAUGGAUUUGAUGAGGAUAGGGAAGGAGGAAGCAUAUAUGACUCGGAGUUGGUAUUGCGAAAGGAGCCGUACGGUGGCUGCGUUAGUACCUUGGAGGCGGUGGCCAGGUGGUUGGGGGCGACGGAGGAGAAUGGGCCGGAGAUUGAAGAGAGAUUAAUUGGGGUAUUGAGAGAGAUGGUUAGGUUGCAGGCUCAGUUCUUGAAGCCCAUGAAGCCUAGGCCCAAAAGGCCCAAAAUUGAUCGGAGAGAACCUUUCUAUUAGAGGCUUCUACUCCCCCGGUUCCCAUUAUUGUACUCUUGUUCCGUUUUAUGAAUUUAUGAAAUGCAAUCUUUUUUUAAUUUA